AGUCUGAUUGUGAAUAUCAACGGCUAUGUUAGAAUCGUAUUUUAUCGUGGCAGUAACACAGUGUUUAAUUGCACAAUCUGUAACAAAAAUAUCUAUAUACAUCCUAAACGAAUGACCCAAGGCUCUCCUGUUUGCUGCAUGCUAUUAGUCUGCCAUCUUGCGGCAGAAUCAGGAUACUACACCCACUUAAGUAAUGAGAAAAGUUGGAUCAAAACACUUUCUACGGCUACCCAUCAGUUGUGUGACGUAGGGUGAUAAUUGGUCUAUUGCACUUCCAACCACAGUAGGGGGUGGUGAUCACAAGACCUAAAAACACAACUUUCUACCAACUUGUAAUCGCGAGUAAGAACACAUGUACUACAGGCUUACCUGUACCCGUGUUUAAAGUUCAUGCUUUCUGAUAUAAAUUUACGUGGUAAAAAAACUACCUGGCUGUCACGGUCUCUUUCUGUCAGAGGAAAAAGGGGUAGAGGAAGCCACUGAGGUUCCAUGUAGACGGUGGUUUGGUGCACACCCAUGUCACAAAUGUGUCUUCCUCGGUAGAUAAGGUUUGCAUUACAGUAAGAGGUAUCAUUGUCUGACUCACAGACUCGGAGUCGCUGCAAACCAAGAGUGGAGAGAGAACGUUACUCCAGUGACCCAUCUAAUCUGCUCUUGGUCCGGAGGGACCGGAAUUACAUAUUUAUUUUUUUAUCAAGUUUUUUAUCACGUUAUCAUAGUGCAGGAUGACACAGCUAGCGGUAAACUCGAGCGGACCUGAUGGAAACAACACUUGCGAGAUCGAGGACAGCUUCCUUUCUGCUGUGCUCCCCGUUUCCUAUUCCAUCAUCUGCCUCAUAGGACUGUUGAACAACACCAUGACCAUACUAGUGUUCUUCUUCAGGAAGCACCCUGGCUCAUCCAUGACGGUGUACAUGAGACACCUGGGCCUGGCCGACUUCCUCCUCGUCCUCUGCCUGCCCCUGCGUGUGUACUACCACAACACAGAGGGCCCCUCCCUCCUCUGCAAGACGGCGGGCGUCUUCUUCUACCUCAACAUGUACGCCAGCAUCCUGUUCCUCAGCCUGAUCAGCCUGGACCGCUACCUUAAGAUCCUCAAGCCGGUGUGGGUGCGGAGCAUGCACACGGAGGCCUGGAGCCGACGGGCUUCCUGCUGCGUGUGGGCCGCGCUCCUCAUCGUCAUGUCUCUCUUCUUCCUCGGCAACAGCAGCCAGCGCCCGUGCGAACGCAUCUGCUUCCACUUCCACCACAAGGGACUGGUCGGCGGCGUAGUCAACUUGACCGCGGUGGCCUUCUUCGUCGUGGCCUUCCUCCUCUUAGUCUGCUUCUACGGGCAGAUCGCCGUUAAGCUGAGAACCAUGUCUCUGGGCUGUCAGGGCGCCCGGGCUCAGAGGAAGAAGAGCAGGCUGAUCCUGAAGACCUCGGCGGUGCCCUUCAUCUUCACCCUGUGUUUCCUGCCCUAUCACGUGGUCCGAGUGCCCUACGUGCUCGCCCAGAUGGGUGUGGUCGGGGAGGUGAGCAGCAAGCAGACCCUGCACGUCCUGAACGAGCUUACCCUGCUCCUCUCGGCCCUCAACAGCUGCCUGGACCCCGUCUUGUACUACCUGCUGUCCAGCACCUACAGGAGGGCCACUCUCUGUGCCCUGCAGGGGAAGUUUCGAAACAUAUACACUGUCAGCUCCAAGAACAACAGUGUCUCCAUUCAGUCAGCGAGACGUAGAGAUGAUGACAUCUCACCAUCCAGUCUUUGAGCAUGUCAUAUUUACUUAAAACUCAAAACAUAUGAAGCUUUAAUACAUACUGGUACAAAAUAAAUAGAUAACCUGGAUAUUUGUAUACAAUUUAUAUAAAUGUACAUAGGCCUACAUAAAUGUAAAGUACAUUCCUUGUUGUUGCUAGUCUGGUUUGUUUUAUGUUUU